AUGAGUGCGGAAGAGAAAGUAAAGUGCAUGGGAUGCCAUUGCACCGGAGUUCUGAGGCAGCAUAAUGGUAACACUAUUCUUUUCCCAAAGAGAGGAAAAAUUCUUUACCAAUUUGAUGCAGUUGGCAAAUACGACCUCAAACCACAUGGUUUUGAAACGCUGAGGCAAAGGUACACAUAUCUUGUGCUUGGUUUUAUCUUUUGGCAGUCGAUUAUUCUCGCGACUAAUUUCGCUGGACUCGAAAAACUCGGACCAAAGUACACUUUCAAAACCCUCAGUUGUGGUAGAAACUACAAGCAGUGCAUGAUGGAGUUUUCUUAUAACGAGUGCUACCCUAGAUCCAAAUUCUAA